UUAGACAUUUGUCAUGUGUCAAUUAUUAAAAACAAUGGUUUUUACCGAUAUUUAGUAGUUAUUUAAGAUUUAUUUAUAGAAUUACUUAAUUAAAUUAAAAACACUAUAGCAAUAAACUUUUAUAUUUAGUGAAAAUGGCUGCUGAUAUAUUAGGGGCCGAAUGGCAUUUGUCACCUGCAGGGAUAAACCUAAUUACUGAUAAUGGCAACAUAAAAGACCGAUCUCAAAUACUGAAAAAAGCCUUGGAUACUGAUUUGAAGGAAAUAGGUGGCUCAGUGCUGAGCAAAGAACUAACAAAGGACAAAACGUCGAAAAUGGUGUUGCAAAUACAAAAAAUACGUAAUAUAUCGGCGCCAAAAGCCAAUGAAGAGUCGCAAGCUGCCCCGAGAAUGUUGAAAUUAAUUCUAACCGAUGGAGAAACCAGUGUUCAAGCUAUAGAAUUAUCGACGAUACAACAAAUAAGCAGGGAAAAAACCGCCCCCGGUACUAAAGUGUUGGUGAACGGGGCCAAAAUUUCCUCGGGGUUUUUGUUGUUCAAUAACAGUUGUGUUAGUGUUCUGGGGGGGAAAGUUCCGCAUUUAAUAGAGAGGUGGGAGUUGGCCAAAAGUGUUCAAAAAAGCAAUCGGCAGCAAGGUACCACCGAUGGCCCCCCUCCAUGGGUAAACUUUGGCUGCAAAAUCCAAGCGGGCGACAAAAACGACGCCUUCAAAUCCUUGCAACCCAAAACUAAAGACCCCAACAAAGACGACACGGAGUUUGAGCAGCAAAGACAAAAAGCCCUUGCAGAGGCAAGCAGCGGGGCUGUCAAGAAAGUUUUUGGUGGCCGUGUCAAAGAACAAGUGCAACCUGUGGUUAAUAGGAAUUUAAAUAAUAACACUAAUAAUAACAGGAGGAAUGAAAGGAGGGGUUUUAAAGGGAGGAAUCUUGAACCUAGAGAGGUCGAUGAUGUGCCCCAAAAACCUCUAGAGAAAGUUUCCCUAUUCGAUUUCCUCGAAACUAAGCUGCCAGUUGCUGAAAGCGCCCCCAAAGGAAUUGAAAAACCAGUACAACAAUUUAAUUAUCAAAAAAGUAACUAUGAACGUAAAAGCGACUAUAAGAACGCGCCUAGGACUAGUAAUAGCUAUAGUAACGCACCAAGUAACGGUUACAAUAAUUUUCCUAAACCCCAUGAGCCUUAUAGCAACAAAAAAGAGUACCAGUACAAUAAUGGUUACAAUAAUUACACUAAACCAAAUGAGCCUUAUCACAAAAAAGACUUUGGUAACAAAGACUAUGGUAACAAAGACUUUGGUAACAAAGACUAUGGUAACAAAGACUUUGGUAACAAAGACUAUGGUAACAAAGACUUUGGUAACAAAGACUAUGGUAACAAAGACUUUGGUAACAAAGACUAUGGUAACAAAGACUUUGGUAACAAAGACUAUGGUAACAAAGACUUUGGUAACAAAGACUAUGGUAACAAAGACUUUGGAGGCAAAGAUUAUGCAAACAAUCAAAAGCGCGAACACAAACAACCAAAACCAGAAUCUCAUCAGCAGCAAAACCACUUUAACCCAAAGCCCCAGCAGGAGCAAAAAAUUGAAAAAAACUUGAACGAUAUAGCGGGAAAUAUGUCGAGAUUAUCGCUGGGAAAUAGCAAUUUCGCCAGCAAAAUUAUAAGGCAGCAACUGAAUAUUGCGCCUAAUAAAAAACCCGAAGAAAAUUUAGUUGCAAAUAAUCAGGAAUCUGGGGAAUUACUCGCAGUUGGUAACGAGUGUUUGGCGAAAUAUUGGGAAGACGGAAAAUUUUAUAACGCCGUAAUUACAGCAAUAACACCAAAGACCUAUGUGGUCAAGUUCAGAGGUUAUGAUAAUAUAGAAGAAAUUCUGAAAAAGGAUUGUCAAGCAAUAAACAAAAAUAAUAGGAGGAAUGAUAGAAAUGAAAAAUACUCAGGGGGUUCCAUGGAAUUUCAUAGAGGUCGCAAAAUUUAUAGCAAAAAUUAACUUAUUUUUAUUUAAUAUUUAUUAAAUUUACCAUUGCUUUAUUUUAUACUAAUAAGGGAAAUAAAAACUGAUAUUACUAA